AUGACAAAUUUAUCAAAGCUUGAGUUCGUGGCACUUGACAUUUUUGGAAAUAAUUACUUGUCAUGGGUACUCGAUGCUGAAAUUCACCUUGACGCUAAAGGUCUUGGUGCCACUAUUACCAAUGGUAAUACAACGUCGAGUCAGGACAAAGCAAAGGCAAUGAUUUUCCUUCGUCAUCAUCUGGAUGAAGGAUUGAAGGUUGAAUACCUUACGGUGAAAGAUCCACUUGAAUUGUGGACUGGUUUGAAGGAAAGGUAUGACCACCUUAAGGCAACGGUAUUGCCAAGGGCUCGUUAUGAAUGGAUUCACUUGCGGUUACAAGAUUUUAAAACUAUAUGUGAUUAUAAUUCUGCUGUAUACAAAAUUACUUCCCAAUUGAAAUUAUGUGGGGAAGAUAUAAAAGAUGAGGACAUGUUGGAAAAGACUCUCACAACUUUUCAUGCCUCAAAUUUGGCCUGUCCCACGGGAACUGCUCCAUUACCGAAAGCAAAUGAGGUUGAAGCACAUGGCCAAUCUGAGAGAAGACAAAAUAAAAAUCAGGGGCAAAAUAAUGUAUGUGGACGUGGCAAUGGCAGGGGACGAUAUAAUAAUCGUCGUGGUGGUGGUCGCCACAAAAGGGAGAACAAUAUGGGUUCUCAAAGCAAUCCUUCAAGAGGCAAUUGUCAUCGUUGUGGCAUGAAAGGGCAUUGGAAGAAUGAAUGCCGAGCAGCUGAGCAUUUUGUUAGGCUUUAUCAAGAUUCCUUGAAAAGAAAAGGAAAUAAAAAUGGUGCAUCUUCUUCUAAUGCUCGGGUGGAGUCACACUUGACUUAUAAAAAUGAUGCCGAUGCAGGGCAUUCACAAAAAUAUGAUGACGAUAUUAAAGCAAAUUUGGCUUUAAAAGAUGAUGAUUUUGAUGACCUUGAUGAUAUUAUUCAUUUGGAAGUGGAAGACUUCUUUGGAGAACAAAACUAA